UUGCGCUCGGCGGUCCCCUUCGCUGCCGGACGCCGUGGUGUGUGCUUCUACUCGAGACGCGGGAGCGGACGUGAAGCGACGUAGAGACUUCCGGUCGCGGAGGAGCCUCGUGACGCGCGCAACACGUACAUUACACGAGGACGACGGUGGACGACGCACUCGGACGACGACCAUGGCCGGAACGGAGACUCCGAACGUAAAGUCAGAGGCGGCGAACGCGCCGGCCGAGAACAGCAGUGAGAAUCCGCGUGAGCGGAACCCGCCGGUCGGCGGCGGUAAUCGUGGACCUCGCGGCCGCAAAGGCGGCACGCGUUUCUCGAGCCGCGGCGGAGGAAUGGGUGGCGGAAUGGGCGGCGGCGGCAUCGGCGGUGGCGGUGGCAGAAACGAGGCGAUGAAAAUGGGCGACUCUAUGGAUGGAGGAUGGAUAACCCAAUAUCUGAAGGGCAUGGGUGGAAUGGGUGGUGGCAUGGGCAUGGGCAUGGGUCGUGGUGGAAUGCGAGGAGGAGGAAGAGGUGGUCGUGGUGGUGGUGACAGAAAUAUGACCAAUAGAUCUCAAGAUGAUCGAUUGAUGGAACGAGUCAUGGCUAUUGGUGGACCCACUCAUGAAAUAGCUCCAUUGGACACAACAGAAAAGAAAUUUAGUGGUAGGAAUCGUUUAUAUAUUGGAAACUUGACAAAUGAUGUGACCGAAGAAGAAAUACAAACUAUGUUCCAAAAAUAUGGAGAAAUAUCUGAACUGUUUGUAAAUAAAGAGAAAAGUUUUGCUUUUCUCAGAAUGGAUUAUAAAGCAAAUGCUGACACAGCAAAACGUGAAUUAGAUGGUACAAUGCGCAAAGGUCGUGCAUUAAAAGUACGCUUUGCUCCUCAUCCAUCGACAAUCAAGGAAAAUCUUACCCCUUGGACAUCUAACGAACUUCUCGAGAGAGCCUUUAGCGUAUUCGGCGAGAUCGAGCGUGCAAUAGUCAAAGUUGACGAAAGAGGCAAAAGCACUGGCGAAGGAAUCGUCGAGUUUUAUCGAAAACCAUCCGCUCAGCUGGCCCUGAGAAAAUGUACAGAAGGUUGCUAUUUCGUUACAGCUUCUCUUCGACCAGUAAUCGUGGAAUUGUUUGAGCAACAAGAUGACGUGGAUGGUUAUCCUGAUAAGAAUUUGCCACGCAAGAAUCCAGAAUUCUUCAAAGCACGUGAAAUUGGACCACGCUUCGCACAGUUAGGAAGCUUCGAGCAUGAAUACGGUACACGAUGGAAACAAUUACAUGAACUGUAUAAACAGAAAGAAGAGGCAUUGAAACGAGAAAUGGCAAUGGAAGAAGAAAAAUUAGAAGCUCAAAUGGAAUUCGCUAGAUACGAACACGAAACAGAACUUUUGAGAGAACAAUUACGCAUGCGCGAGGCGGAUCGAGAAAGACAGAAGAGAGAGUGGGAAAUGAAGGAGCGACAAGCCGAAGAGCAAAGAACUCGAGACGAAGAAUUAAGGCGUCGUCAGCAAGAAGAGAUGGCUAUACGUAUUAGGAGACAGGAAGAGGAAUUACAUAGGCGUCAACAAGAAAACAAUUUGUUUAUGCAGGAGCAGGCAAUUCGUAGUGGAAGUGGAAAGAAUUACGACUCUGUGAGCAAUAAUGAUCGUGAUGGAUAUGGCCAACCUGAUGGUGGAAGCGGCAUGCCUGUGGAUCCAAAAUCCUUCAUGGAUGCGUAUAAUAAUAUGGAUCGCGGUAGUCGAGGGGGAGGUGGUUAUAACGAUGAUCGCGGACAGAUAAUGGAUUUAAUGGAUAUGAGGGUUGAUAUGGGCAAUAUGGGUGGUAGUCGCGGAGGUAGUGGUGGUAGUGGACGUUGGCAAGGAAACGAUCGAAAUCGCCCGGACGAUUAUCCUAACAAACGUCGACGAUAUUAAAGCAAUGCGCAAUGUGGAAUCUUGUUCCAUUGAUUUCUUGAAGUGACACUGCAAA